AUGGAAAAGAACUUAUGCGAUUACAUGCUAGAGCCGGAUAUUAUAGCGGCCACUGAAAAUGUUAUGCCAGAUCUUAAUAAUGAUUUGGUAUUAGCGAAAAACUUCUUAAAGCAGCAGAGUGCAGCGACUGGAGACACAUUAUACGAUCAUUUGGUUGACGUGGUCCAAAAGAUCCUGUCCCAGAAACCACCGGAUGUGGUGGAGCAUUUCGAGCAGUACUCUUGGCAGGUGAAGCAGGAAAAGUUUCGACCGAACUUCGAUCUGCUAAACGAUGUUUAUCUGUCUCCUCCGCAGCUGGCAGUCGUCAGAAGAAUGGAGGAGAUGUUUCGGCUGGUAAAAAGCAAGGCCGAAAAAGCUGAAGAUAUGGAUGAAGAGGAACAGGAAUUGGACCUGGAAGAAGACAACGUGAAGCCCAGGAUUGCGGACCUUAUUGACAGCAAUUAUUAUUUCAAGGAGUGUGGAUUCGGUCUUCCGGAUAGCGAAUGCUACGCGGUUUACAUAGCUCUAAACAUGUUGGCCAUUAAAGAGCCCGUAUCUACAGUCAGAUUCUUCGGCAAGAUUUAUGGUACAAAAGAAAACUAUUACGUCGCUGAAACUGAAUUGACUUUGGAAGAAUUAGACCGAAGGAUCCGGGAGUUUGAACUGAAAGACAUGCCUGGUGAAGGCGAGGGGAUUGAAGAAGGACAGAUGCAAGUUGCCGAAGAACAGAAAGAGAUGCUCGGAGAAGGUGAAGGUAAAGAAGAAAAGCCAAAAGAGCCUGUGCCUCCCAAGCUGCCUCCAGAGCCCGUGUCUACUUGGCAGCCGCCUCCCGAGAUACCAGUCGAGAGGCCUGGACAGGGUGUCAAUAAGAAGGUGUUCUGGGUAUGUAAUCAUCCGGGCGAACAGUGGAUCUGUCUCCCGGAUGUAACUCCUGAUCAGAUCAGAGUGGCCCGCCUCACUGUGCGUUGUAUGACCGGAAAUCUAGAUGCUGAGGUUCAAUCGUUUCCGCCGUUUGAGGGAACAGAGCGGAAUUAUCUGCGCGCUCAAUUAGCUCGAAUCCAAGCCGGCACGUCCGUGUCUCCUCAGGGCUUCUACACUUUUGGUUCUGGUGAAGAAGAAGAUAUUGAUUUGGAGGAAGGCGGGGGAGAUUUAAAUUUCAACCCCAAUCCGUUUUACCACGGCCACUCGAUGAAGGACCUGCUGGACUCGAGCCUCACGUACUGGGUGCAUCAUGGACGACAUAUACUGAAGCAGGGUAGGACUCUCUGGUGGAAUCCUAAUGCUGGAAUGGUUAGUUUCGACGAAGGUGAAGAAGAGGAAGAAGACGAAGGUCCUCCCCCGCUAGAGCCUGAGAGUGGUCCCCCGCUCUUCACGUCGCUGUCGGAAGACUCUAGGCUCGAAGGUAUGACGGCGUGGAGUGUCCGCAGCAGUUCGUCGCUGACGCCGGAGCGAGCGGUCGCUGCGCUCAGGAGCAACCUGUGGCCCGGAGCCGCCGCCUUCGCCACAUCCGGACAGAAGUCUGAAUGUAUGUACAUCGGUUGGGGCUUGAAGUUCGAUCCGCCGAACUACGGGCCGGCUCAGUUGCCGCGGCCGCAAGACGAGUACCCCAUCGGGCCGGAGGUCAUGGAGAUGGCGGACCCCACCUUCGCCGACGAAGAGGCGUACCGUAUUGCGCACUUACCUCCUCCGCCCCCGCCUGUGUUGGAGGGAGAGGGAGAGGAAUUCGGAGAAGAAGAAGAUGAAGAGGAUUAGCAUAAC